GCUGUCUAAAAUGCUGAGUAACAUUAUAGAUGAACAUGUAACUACUAUUAUAGAAACAGCCACAAACACCAAGCUGUAAAACCAAAAGCAGAUCUCACUUAAAGUUUCUUUGAGCAACAUCAUGUAAAAUGAGCGUUUAUACUGACAUGUACAUUUAACACAUUUGAUCAGAUAGCAUGUUUUGAUGAAUAAUCUGAAACCUGUAGGUCUGCAGCGAUAUGGGUAAGACAAGACAUUCAGCAGAGCAGUCAAGGUCUUCUUAGAAAGACAUCAAUAAUUCAGAGUACAUGCACAUAUACGAAAAACAAGUUGCUGUUUCACAUGGACCGUGGUGAAACACGCUAGUGUAAUUCAUAAUUUUGAUUAUGAAUAGAUGUAAAACAAUAAAAAAGGGUAAAGAACCCAUUUUCACUCUGAUAUGAAAUUAAAUGACUUAGUAAUACAACAAAAAAAGUAUUACUGGAAAUGCACCAAAAACUAUGAAACUAUUUAAAUCUGUAUGGCCAUCUGAAUCUCAGUUCAGUUUUGCUUACUUUGACUCUUGAAGCUGCAAAAGUGCUUUGUCAUUGUGGCAGCUGCUGUCAGCAGAUCAGCAUUAAUUAAUUAACUCUUUGUCAACUGACCUCAGUGAACAUUCAGGCAGGUCAACAGUGGGGUAUAAAUACAGAGAGACUCCUCUGUUGUUGUCACACCAGUUCUUGCUUCAACAGUGUUUGAACGGAACUUAAUCUGCUAAAAUUUCUAUUUUUGUACUGUUUUGUUAGAAAAAGCAAAAAAAAAACAGCUGCUGAAAUGGAGUCCCAAGUGCGUCAGAACUACCACCGCGACUGUGAGGCCGCCAUCAACAGGAUGGUGAACAUGGAGAUGUUUGCGUCCUACACCUACACCUCUAUGGGCUUUUACUUCUGUCGUGAUGACGUGGCCCUUCCAGGUUUUGCUAAUUUCUUCAAGAAAGAGAGUCAUGAAGAGAGGGAGCACGCUGAGAAGCUGCUGUCCUUCCAGAACAAGAGAGGAGGACGCAUCUUCCUCCAGGACAUCAGGAAACCAGACCGUAAUGAGUGGGGCUGUGGGCUGGAGGCCAUGCAGUGUGCUCUUCAGCUGGAGAAGAACGUCAACCAGGCUCUGCUGGACCUGCACAGGCUGGCCACUCAAUGCCAGGACCCUCAUCUGUGUGACUUCCUGGAGACCCACUACCUGAAUGAACAGGUGGAGACCAUCAAGAAACUUGGUGACCACAUCACCAACCUCACCAAGAUGGAUGCUCAGAACAACAAGAUGGCAGAGUACCUGUUUGACAAGCACACCCUGGAAGGAAAGGAUUAAGCACGAGUGACACAGAGUCUUCUGCUCCAACUGAUCAUUCUGAGUAUAAUGUUUCUAAUCUGUGUAAUUUAUGACAUUGUCAUAACUUGGUGACAUUAUUGUUUUCAACUUUAUACUGUUUUCUCUUUCUAACAAAUAAUGUGAUUGAAUGUUUCUGAUCUGUUAAUGAGAAUAAAGACAAUAAAUCUUUCUGCAUUAAUUAUUACUCA